AUGCCGAAGAAGGCACAAAGGCCCAAGAAACAGCCCUCUCGCGUUAGCAAUAUCCGUCUCGAUUCUCCUCCACUGAUAGGCCCACCUCCGACAAAGAGACAGAAGGUCAAGCCUCUCUCAUCCCUUGCGAAGCCGCCAGUGUUCGGCCUCACUGGGAGCCAACCAGGACUGUCGUCGCAGAGUGAUCCAAAGAAGAAGGGGAAGGAGAGGGAGACGCCAAGAUUGAGCGAGCAUGAGAAGCUCGACGAUCUCAUGUGGGUGGACAAGUAUGAGCCUACUACCGAGGCAGAUCUGGCUGUGCACAAGCGGAAGGUCCAGGAAAUCCGUCAAUGGCUGCUAGAUGCAUUCGAUGGCGGGCCUUCGGGGAAAUUGAAGAAAUAUCGCCGCAUACUCGCCCUCACGGGCCCGGCGGGCACGGCCAAGACGACGACGAUACGCGUCCUGUCGCGCGAGCUCGGCUUCGAGAUUCUCGAAUGGCGGAACACCAUGGACGAGCGGUUCUCCCGCGACGAUGACUUCGCAGAGGACAUGGAGUACGAGGGGCUCUCGGACAAGUUCCGCACCUUCCUAGAGCGCGCAUCGAGUUGCAACUCCAUCUUUCCGUCUACUACCACCAAACCAUCCUCCUCUCGCCCAUCUCAAGCGGCGACCGGCCCCCGGCGGCAGAUCAUCCUGCUGGAGGACCUGCCUAACAUCGCGCACGCGAGCACGCAGGCAGCUUUCCACGCGGCACUGGAGGCGUUCGCGGGUGUGCCGGAGCCAGGCGUCGCGCCGCUGGUGUUGAUCGUCAGCGACGCGGGCUUGCGGGGUGAAGACGGUGAGGACGUGGGCGGCGCGUGGCGGGCGCGCGGCCGGGAGGCGCUCGAUAUCCGGAGCGUGCUCCCUCCUGCACUGCUGAACUCGUCGUGCGUCACACAGAUCGGGUUUAACCCAAUAGCGCCGACGCUCCUCAAACGUGCACUGCAGCACCUGCUGGACACGCACUUUGCCGCGGCGGCCGUGGGUGCGCCACCUGCGAAGAACUUGUUGAAUGCCGUCGUCGAGUCUGCAAACGGCGACAUCCGCAGCGCGAUCAUGGCGCUGCAGUUCGCGUGCGUUGCAGAAGCGGCAGCACCCGGGCGCGGCGGGAAGCGCAGCAGGAAGGCGGGUGGCCCGUCUGCGCGGGUGCUCCUCGAAGCGGUCACGCGGCGCGAGCAAAGCUUGGCGCUGUUCCAUCUGCUUGGGAAGUUGCUGUACAACAAACGAAAGGGCGACCCACCAAACGCGUCUGCUGCUGCGAGGGAUAUACAGCGCGACAAAGAGAUCGACGCGAGGCUCAAGGAUCCGCCAUCCCUCCCUUCGCACCUGAAGGAGCAUGAGCGGCGGGCGAGCCGCGUUGAUAUCGAGAUGCUGUACGCCGACACGCCGAUCGAUGCGUCCCUCCUCUCGCUCUACGUCCAUCAGAACUACACGCAAUACUGCAACGAGCUCGACCAGUGCGACGCCGAGGCGGACUGGCUGAGCUGGCUCGACGCGAGCGGCGGUGAGGCGUGGUACCAAGCGAACCCGCACCACUUCCACCUGCUGGCGUUGGGGACGCUGCACGCGCUGCCGUCGCCGGUCGCCCGGCGCGGGCAGAAGGCGUACAAGCCCGCAUUCUUCGAGGUGCUUCACCGCGAGCGCGCGGCGGAGGACAGUGUACGGGACGUGCAGGCGUGGCUCCGGCGGCACGAGGAAUGGCGCGCGGGCGGGUGGAGCCGCCUGAACGUCGCGCUGGAGCUGGGCGGGGUGCUGGGGGCACGCGAGCAUGCGGGAGGGGCUGCGCCACCGCCGGGAUCGCACAGGCUAUUUUCGAAGAUGGAGUUUGCGCGGGAGGCGGGGCCGCUUGUGCAGGUCGACGAGGAGGGUGACGUGCCGCAGGACAUGCUGGGAGAUGAGAACAUUGGAUUUACGGAGGGGGCCGGGGAGGGAGAGGCUCACGGUGGUGGGUGGUUGGAAGGGGAUGAUAUCGAGGAGUUCUGA